CGAAUGACGGGGUGCCACCCGGCCGGCUGCAUAAACAAGUCCUUCUGUAGUGUUUCUUGCUCACUCGCUCAUGUCUGGUUGCUCACUCAGUCCUAUGACGCUCUGGAAAUGAAUUGUGGGACUGGCAAACGCACUCGCUGGCUGCCUGCAAGUUUUUCUUCACCCUCUUAUCCACUUAUCGAUACCGAUUACGCUCGUCUUCUCCACAACUCUGUGUUCUGGCCCUCGCACCCAGCGUCAUCUUCUCCUCAACUCUUUUGUUUGGAUGCGCCGUCUGCUACAGAUGCCGAAGACAUUUUCUGCUCCCUGUUCCCAACAGCCAGUAGCCGUGCCGGCAGUUCGUCCACUCUAACCCGCCAUCAUCGUCCACGGCUUUACUUCUAGGUCCCGCUGUGGAAUAAACUGACAUAAUACUGACAUGUCCUGUGCCCAUUGCCGACCUUCUCCCGGAGCAUGUCAAGAAAUGCUGGUUGAGUUACGUCCAUGUCCCAGGCUUCGGCAGCUGUGAGGUAUGCGCCGACCAUGCACGAGCGGUCCGGAGCACGUUGCUUUCCAGUCCUCCAGCGACCACCCCACACCUCUCCUCACCACACGACGCGCGGCGACCUUUCCUCUCAUCCGGGUCCGCCCUCGCAGUGCGCCUCCUCCAACUUUUGUUGGCCCGGCGUCUUCACACGGCCUGCUGGUGGUAGUGGUGACGUUGGUGACGGUGGGUUGGCUGCCACCGAAUUUGGCGGCGUGCGCCAUACCGGUACACGUGAAACAGCUCCGGCCACUGAAGACCGACAGUUGGACCGAUGGCCUCGGUGCACCGUACACCUCUGUACACAACUCUUUGCCAGCGCAUUGCAACCGUAGUGUGCCAUCCGAACACCUGUGCCGCCCAUUUGCAUUCCAUGUGUGACGCGGCCACUGGUCACAUAACCAUCUACCAAUCACGGUUGCUCUGGGGAGUAGCCCAGUCCAAGCGAAUUAUCGCGAAGACCUGCAAAAAAACCAAAAAAAAAAAAAAACGUAGACUACCAAAAUCUACAAAGACAAAACUCCAAAUGCCAUGACCGGAUUCUAGACAAUCAGGCCUUCCAUACCUGCGCUCCGUCCCGACGGUAGGAAGACACCCAAGUAACAACCUCCCGUCAGGUCAUCAGAACCGUCUGCGGCGUAGUAACAAUCCUUCCAUCACAUCACCAGAGCCGUCUGCGGCGUUCCAAUUGUCUUAAUUCAACCUCUGCUCACACAGUUCCGCCAUUGGUCGUCGCGUCGUCUUGUGCCUCUCUUCCUUCAUCCAUCCAAUCCAUCCAUUCACAUACCAACUCACUACGCCACACCAAAUCUUCAGCACGUCUGUCUCGGACGAAUUCGUCGCACACGAUCAGAUUCCACACAACCAUACCCAUACAUAAACACCGCAGUUAUUUAACAAGACUAUGAAUGCUGCGCAUCUGACUACAUUGCAUGACAUCUACACGACCAUUCAAUUUUCAUUUCACUCUUCGCAUAACACAGUAGCAAACAUUAACCUCCCUCAACCAUUCCACAGAUGUCACCACAUUAAACCGGAAUCCCCCAAACCAACGCAUAACAGAUUACCAAUCAUCCCAUCUCCGCCACACCUCCCCCAAUCCUUCCCAGUACACCAACAACUCAAAAGCGUCAAAGCAGUGUACCCGUGUGUGUCUGAACCCCGUCAAGCAUCACCCCCUCGCUCUCCUUCGUGUACAUGCCCCAAAACAACAAACACGCGCAUAAACAUCAAAACCUGAAACAAGAAACAAACGAGAAACAAGACAGUAAACAUCAACAGCUCCUUCGAGUUAGUUUCCACGAACGGUUGGCCUUGGGUCCGGUCAUCCUGGUCAUCCCGUCAUCACUCUAUCUAUAUCUUCUCUCUCUACCUCCCCUUUUAAAACUGUGCUGUGUGUGUACCGCGUACCGGACUUGGCUGACCACGAACACCGAUGGGAUUACGGCAUCAUGCCCCCUACAUGUCACUUUAUGUGUGUCUGUGUAUCUGUGUGUAGUGGUGGUCCGUGGGGGCCGGAAUUUGCAUCUUGGGAGUCCUGAAUCUUUAAUUGGUCUUGUCCCCCUUCGUAUUCACUCCCCUGCCUGAUCUGAUGCUUGCUGUGCCUACUUUCCGCGUGUGUGUGUAUGAAAACGGUGGGUAUACAAGGAAGGAUGCGGAUUCAAGGCCGAUUUAUUCAAGGAGUUGGGUUUCGGAUGGUCUUGUUAGAGAGAGUUGUGUUCUAGAUUCCAGAACAAAACCCCGCGUGAAUGUGUGGGCUUGUGGUGUGGUAAUAGUAAGAGCUGAAGAAUAUACUUGACACCCCAACAUCCGUCCAUUCUCCGGCCAAAACAAUAACAAACCAUCUAUUUUGCCUAUACUGAAUAUGUACUUCGUAACAACAACACUUCCGUU